AAAAAGCUAAACCCAAGAAUAAGCUCUAUGAGCCAGAGAGAGCUACUUGACCGAUCUUGUAUUUCACUGUUUUGAAAAAUGACACUUGUUUUAAUAUUAUUAAAAAUUGUAAUGCCAAUGCCUUGCAAGGAAGGAACAACUAUUCCAGACACUGAAUACAACAUCAGAAAUUCAUUUGGAAAUUAUGGCUCCUCAGGAUACUUAGCCUCAUUUAAAAGUGAUUCAGGCUAUUUAUAUCAUGCAGGAACAGCCGAUUUAGAUGCGAUUUUAAUUAAGGAAGAUUCUACAGACACCCUACAUUGGGUAAAAGUGUUUCCUUCUUUCAUCUAUUCUAAGAAUGGGUUCAUAGUAUCUCCAGCUGAGGACAAUAUCUUCAUAGUAGAGUCAGGUAGCCAAGAUCGAGCGCUGAUUCUCCAGAUUAGUCCUACAGACGGUACCUUAACCCAGACUGUUCAGACUGCUAGCUAUUCAACAAAGGGCUUUCCCAGUGCCGAUAUCAAAACCCAGAUGGAUCCUUCAGGGACGACCCUAUACCUUACCUUGACCAACCACGAUAAUUAUCCUGAAAUCUGCCGAUGGGUGGUGACCGAUUAUGAACUUCAGUGAACCCAAGUUUUUGAUGCGAGGAAAAUUGACAUUUUGUUGUAUGUCAAUGAGUAUUAUAGUUAUGCUGCAGCUGAAGUUAAUGAUUUUGAAAUGGUAAUGAUUGAUUGGCACGAAUCUGAGGAAAUAUGGCAUAGAGCUUUUAGAUGUGGUGUGGAUGAAGGGUGUCAUUUUGGGCCAGGGGUCGGUCUGGAGUAUGAUUCAGCUAUAUACUCUUUAUUUAACUUUGGUGCCUCGUCAAGGAUUGUGUUGCUUGCACAUCACAUAUCUACCGGAGAGAGAAUUAGCGAUAUCUGGAUGGGGAAUAGUGGGAAUACUCUUUUAGAUUCUAUUGUCUUUCAUGAUGUGAUUUAUAUCCUCUCUCUGAAGUUCAGCACAACUCUGGUACUGAUGCAAUAUAAUAUCAUUGAAGAAGCAAUUGGAUCAAGUAUGGAAUUUGAAGCCUCUCAUGCAACUUUUAUUAAAAACACCGGUGGAAAAGUGCUCUUUUUGGUUGGAAAAAUAAAUGAUAAAGCAUGGAAAUUAGGCAUGAAAAUGAGUGAUACUUCUGACCUUAAUGUUGCUAGUUUAAGUUUAGAAGCUAUGAAUAACCAUACAGCUGAGCUAGCUAAUAUGGAAGAUUCCAUGAGUAUUAGGCUAAUCGAGCAUCAUUCAAGUGAUUAUUUUGCUAAUGAAUUUUCGCCAUACGACCCAAUGAAUACAAAUUACAUUCCUGAUAUCGAGAACAGCUGGCAAACCAAUAUAAAUUCAAUUACUUCAGAAUAUUGGAUGACUGUGUCUUCAGCUGAAACUUUUGAUAUUUAUGCUUAUUGCACAUGAACCACUACUCCUGAAAGAACAGAUAUUGAUUAUUCUUUACUUACAGAAAAGGAUGAUUCGCUAUUUAAUUGGCUUUCCUUGAAUGAAGCCUCAAGAACGUUUCAAGGGACAGCUCCCAGAGUAAGAAACAAGGUCACUUUCCCUUUCAACAUUACUGCUCAAUGGGUGACUAAUCCUGCUGGUGUUUCUAUUCAGAAAGUGUUUAUUACAGUAAAUCCUAGGAAAAUUACAGGAUCUGUGCAAGCAUUACUCAUUUCAGUUGUGACAUCCUCGAUCGUGCUUGUUGUUGCUAGUGGAAUAGCUGCUUCAAUCUUAGCAAUGGUGCAGGGAACUAGCUUUUCCAGCUUUUACUUGGUACUCAAUCAGAUCAAGAUUAUACUAUUCUUGUUGAUCAUCGAUCCGUUUGUACCAGAAGUAAUUUCUGAAUAUUUAGAGUCCCAAAGCUUCAGUAUGUUGACUCUUAAUUUUAUUUCAUCGAGGAAAAUACCUGGGAUCAGAGAUGCAGUCGAGCUUGUGGACACAGUACAGAGUGACCCAGCUUUGAGAUCGCUGAGUUAUGAGUCAGAAUCAGCGAUUCUGAACCAACUUGGGUUUAUUACAACUUUAGCUCUUAUAUCUCUAUUUCAUUUCUUGCUUAGAUUUGUGUUCACUUGAGGUAGUAAGGAUUCUGAUAGAAGGAGUAAAUGUUGCAAGCACUGGCACAACAUUCGGAAGAAAAUAAUCAAUUUUAUCUUCUAUGCUUUAUACUUUAGACUCUUAUUGCAAGCUCAUGAAUCAAUGGUGAUUUCUUCAAUAUCUGAGGUAUACAUCAUGAAUUUAGAUGGAUUUUUGGGUGUCAUCUCUUUUGUGAUUGCUUGCGUUAUUUUAUUAUGGACAAUUGCUCUAUGAGUUAUCACUUUCUACUGAUUUUGGGUGAAUCAGAACAACUUUGACCCAGAAAUUAAGUUCUUUUAUAUGGAAACGUUUGCAGACAUAAGAAAUUCAAGAUAUGCACGAAUUUACACUUCAGCAAUGUUGUCAAGAAUGUCAUUUUUUGUAAUCAUGAUCAUUUGUCUCAAGAAUGUCAGCAGGAAUUUAGUAUAUCCUCCUAUUUUAACAUUGCAAUGAAUAUAUCUAGGCUCAAUUAUACGUCUUCGGCCUUUCGAGGCUGCUCUCAAUAACAUUAUAGAGAUACUAAACGAAGUAUUGAUCAUAAUCAUAAGUAUUAUAUUAUACAUCCUCUACACCGCAGAAAGAUGGGAUUCCUUCUUGACUCCAUUCCUGACCCUUUUAUUCAUAAACAGUGUGAUUACUUGACUCAUCCUCAUCAUUGGUACUAUCAUUGCUCUUGUUUCGUUCAUGAAAAAGAAAUUUGCCACUAAGAAGGGAGAAACAAAGGAUUCGAUUCAGCAUGCUGACGGCCAGGGUUGUUCAGAAUUCAAGUCUUCUGACCAACUCCCUUCUGAUAAAGGACUCGUUGAUGAAUGGGCAUUUAAUAUAUACAAAGAAGCUACCACUCAGAAGCAUAAGAAAAUUAAGUUAAAGUCAAUGGGCUCUGGAGCAACAUUGGAUGAGAAGCCCAAGAAAUUGAGGAAACAAGAUUCUAAAGGGCUGGUUGAAUAAAUAUUUGAAAUUAAUAUUGGUAGUAGUA